AUGACGCUUUUGCAGUGUGGCGACAUCUGCCCCGUCCCUCGGCGUCACCUCCUGAAGAGGCUACCUUAUUCCUCCAGCAUGCAUCCCGUUACAUAUGCUGAUACGGGCUCAGCACCUGUCACUAGCCAUUACAUUUCAUACCCUUUGCAUACUGCAUUCAAUGUUGUUCCUCAGAAGGUCUCUACCUCUUCUGGAGCCGUGUACCCCACUAAUUAUGUAGACGAAGUGUCCGGACUGUGUGCAAGCAGCCCACUGAGCAGCUUCACAACUGCCUAUCAACAUGUGCAGCCGCCACUUCCAGCAGAUGGACAAACUAACGCUCUUGUUGUAUCUCCAGGAGAAGUGUCCUACGUUCAACCUACCCAUUCAGCAAGUAGUAAUAACCGCAAGCCAGUUGCGCAACAGCCUUCCCAGUAUGUCAGGGUGCCUGAACCAGGGACGCAGUCCCGCGGCAAAUUGAGUGGCGAACCCUACAGGCCUAGGGCAACCACGUCCCCAGCGGCCAUUGCACCCAACAUUACCACCACCUCUUAUCAGAACGACUGGGAGCAAGAAGCAAAGCGCCUCCAGCACAUUCUGAACGCUCGAGAGAACGAGCUAGAUAUGAAAGAAGCAGAGCUGCAGGACGCACUAUCCAAACUGCAGGAACAUCUCAAGCAAGAGAAAGUUGCCCAAGAAGCGACUACACAAGGAACAAGUGAAGCAGCUCUUAAGGAACAAGAAGCUGAACUCAAAACGAUGCGUCGGCGAAUUGAAGUGCUUCGGCAUGAGCGACAGGAACUGAUGGAGUUGCUUCUGCAGAAAGAGCGGCAGGCUACUGCACUUAAUACUAUAGAUCCGGCUGCUAAGGAGGCAUCGGCCGUUCAACUAGGAAUUCAAGCAAUCUCUAUGGUACAGGGCGCAGCAGAACUGCGAGGUAAACUGGAACUUGCGGAGGCGGAGAUCAAAACACUACGCGCAGAACGUGCAGCCACAGAUGAAUUGCAGCAACACACUUUCGAAAAGCUUACAGAAAAGCGCAAGGAGGCAGCAGAGCUUCUAGAGCUGCUUUCACAGCGCGAUAUGAAGGUAGCUCGCAUCGAGACUUAUUUACAGCAAAAGUCAAGAGAGCUGGAUUCUCUAUCAACCCAUGCAAAAGAACGCCUGAAGAAGGAGCAACAAAAACGAGAACAGGCCGAGCAAGAGUAUCGAGUGGCAGUCGAGCAGUGCAAUGCAUUCAAGACAACUUUAGCAAGCCGAGACGAAAGAAUUUUGCAACUGCAGGCUGAGGUCGUGCGUCGUGACACGUUACUUAAACAGCUGGAAGAGCGAGUGCACGUGCUGAGCGGUGAUCUCACGGGAGCCCACUCACAGUUACAACAGAUGCUGAAGGCUAUGGCGGCAAAAGACGCAUACAUGCAAGAGCUCGAGGCACAGCUGCGAAAGAAUGACACGGAACGCCAACUCGCCUAUCUGACGGAAGUGUCGAAGAGCCGCAAACUUGCCCUGGAUACCCGUAUCCAGCAAGAGCUAUGUAGGGCUGCUAUUAAUGACAAACGUGAGAAGUUGGCAGAGGCAAAGCAAGACUUGUUUAGGAGUCGCACGGCAAUGGAAAGAAUCCGCAAGGCUAUUGGUUGUGCGGAAACAACUGAGAACUGUUAUGUACGAUCAGAAGCGUUGCAGUCAAACGAGCUACAUAUCCACCCAGUGGAGCCAACUCAAAUAUCCCCUCUCGCAUCUACUGGUAUCCCAGCUGUUCCAGUUGAUGAGAGUCUCCGUCACAUGCAAGCUGACUUUUUAGUGCUGACGCCUUCUCCAGAGACUCGUCAAAAACCCGCGACUGCCACAAAACAGCCAACUGCAUCAGCGAAACACCCAACAAGUUCCAACAAAUUCCAAGUCACCUCAACGGCUGCACAGCCAACCUCGAAGCCUCCAUCGUCUGCUUCAAGGACAUCAACACCAGGCUAUGGACUUCAGUCGGAGCAAUUUUGCCCUCCGUACACCCCAGUUCGAGAUGACCCGCUUGACGAAGCAGUUGCGCAUUUGUGUGAGCUACCAGAAUAUCGCUCGCUCGCUGCGCACAUUUGCAGGUUGGGUCCCGGCUCGUACCUCUGCUGUAUGAACGAGGUUGCCAUGGAGCUGCAGAAAAACAGCACUGUUUGGGUUAAACUUCCUGGAGGGCAGAGGAUAACCUUAGCAUCUUACUUCGACGUGCUACGAUCUACCUUGGAAGCUUGCCCAGGGACAGCCGCAUCAGGGAUUCCGUUGUCCGGCACCACAAAGACUGGUGUCCAGUCAAAAACAAAGGAGAGCAGCUAG